UCUAACACCUUGUGUCUCUGAUAUUUUAAAAAAUCACUCAAAAACAUAGAAGAAAAGACGCACCGUCUCUUUUAUUUUCUGUUUAUUUGAUCAUAUACUAUUUAUGUCAAGUCUACGCAUACAAUUUGAUGCACACGUUGGAAAUCCAACGUGCAACACACAGAACACGCUACAACUGCUUCUGCAACGCAAUGCUGCAAGGCAAACGCAGCGUUCCAUUGGAAACAAAUGUACUUCUGGUGUACCGAAAAGAUUUUACGCAUGCGCUCUUCAAUGACCGGUGAACACAAUGGAGUCACGUAUUCUGAAGUCAAGUCGUCGUGAAAACUUGUCUGGAACCCCCGACUCAUUUCAACAUUAGCUGGUCUUGUGACCGAAACCGUGGCCGAGUCGUAUGUUGACCGUUGUUGCCUUUCAGCUGUAUCGUAAUCGCUCCAGAUAUUGCUGAGCAAGCUGUAUGAGAUCACCUGCUAUCUCGAACACUGCAUAUUACCCCUGCUCUAACUCCCCCUUCUUCUUGAAAUGUUUUUCAACUAUUUUGUUUAAAGGCAGAACAGUAGAAAACGUCCAACCGCCAUAUCAUAUGAUAAAAAUGGCAGAAGUGAACAUGGGAAGACGCAAGGAGAAGUGUGAAAAUUGCACUAAACAGUGCAACAAGAAGCAGAGUGGUGAUGGCGUUAGCUCCCUUCUGGAGGAAGAUGUAGCCAACGGAGAGGUCCCUGCCUCCCCGCCUCCCCUCCAGCAGCAGGUGUUGCUGAGUGCCUGUCUGUCCUGUGAGGGCUGUGUGUCAGAGGAGGAGAGCCUUAAGAUCUCUCAACAGAACCUGGAGGAGGUGGCCCGGGUCCUGGGCCAAAACAAGAAGUGUGACGUGUCCAAACACCAGGUCCUGGUGGUGUCAGUGUGUUCUCAGUCUCUGCCUUUCUUCGCUGUCAAGUUCGGUCUGGACAUUCCUGAGGCCACACGCAAACUCUGUGGCUUCCUCAAGAGCCUCGGAGUGCAGUAUGUGUUUGAUACCACUCUAGCUGCAGGCUUCAGUAUUCUGGAGAGCCAGAGAGAAUUUGUCCAGAGGUACCAUGAUAACCAGGCCCUACCCAUGUUCACCUCCUCCUGUCCAGGGUGGAUCCGGUACGCUGAGCGUGUCCUGGGUAGUCUGGUCACUCCUCACAUCUGUACGGCCAGGUCUCCUCAACAGAUCAUGGGCUGUCUGGUUAAAGACUACUUCACCAAACAACAGAAGCUGAGCCCAGACAAGCUGUACCACAUGGUGGUGGCCCCGUGCUUCGAUAAGAAACUGGAGGCAGUCCGAGAGGAGUUCUACAACAGUCUACUGGACAGCAGAGACGUGGACUGUGUCCUCACAUCAGGGGAGGUGUUCCUCUUGAUGGAACAGAUGAAGGUGUCCGUAGCAGACCUGGACUCUGUCCCUCUAGACCACGUGCUGAGUGAGGCAGGGGACCAAGCAUUGGUGAGACAUGAGGGCAAAGGAUCGGAGGGCUUCCUGGAACACGUCUUCAAAUACGCUGCUACGGAACUGUUUGGCCUGGAUGUAGACGAGAUCACAUACAAGACUCUCAGGAACCGUGACUUCCAGGAGGUGUGUCUGGAGCGGGAUGGGGAGGUGCUGCUGCAGUUUGCAUCCGUCUAUGGCUUCAGGAACAUCCAGACCCUGGUCCACCGCAUGAGGACAGGACGCAUCCCCUACCAACUGGUGGAGGUGCUGUCAUGCCCCGGAGGCUGUGUGAGUGGUCGUGGGCAGGCGGAGGGAGAGACAGGGGGUCGAGUGGACAAGGCCUUGGUUCAGCAGAUGGAGGAGGCCUACAGCAGUCUAACAGUCAGGCUGCCUGACACCAACCCUGACCUACUCAUACUCUACCAGGACUGGCUGGAAGGACAGGACUCAACGCACGCCAACACACUCCUACACACACAGUACACACAGCAGACCCCCAGCCAGACACAGACACACAUACAGUGGUGAGACACACACAGAAACUCAAACACACCUCAACAUUCAAAAGCCCAAUCAAUCACUGACCCUCUGUCUUCUAAGGACCCACUGCAGUGGUUUCAAUAGGUACCAUUGUAUAGGCGGGGAUGGCCAGAGGGCCUGGAUGUUGUGUUUGUGUUCCUUUGCACCCUGCCUGAAGAAUCAUCUCUGGAAAAUACCCAUAUAUCCAGGAGACUUGAUUCUGAACUUCCUUAAAUCAACCAGAAGGUGGUGCUGUUAUUCCAUACGAUGUACUGCUCUAGAGUGCUGUGGAGGCUGAUCCACUGCUUUCACCAUGGACGGGAAACAGUAAAUAUUUGUGUUAUGUUCCAGAGGGAAUUCAUUAUGUGACAGACACAUUUGUGACAUGGGAAAACAAUUGUAUCUGCCGGCAAUAACCCUAAAAGGAAUAGUAUUUGGUCCAAAGGGAUGAAGCAGGAAAACUAUCAAACAAACUGUGUCCUGUUAACAUGUAGUGAAUGUAAAACCUGUAAGUAGGACUAAAAGCAUUUUUAGAAGUGAUCCAAACGGUUCAAAUAAAACCAGUUGUACUUGUUUCAACUGUGAAAUGUA